AUGAUUGUCUGCAAUAGCCAGGUUCGCUCCGAGCCUGACUACUCCUCCUCAAGCACUCCCAUACCUGAUGCAGACAAAACAUCAUCCCGAGGUGGGAGGCUGGUGGAUAAGAAGCCUCUCAAAGGUUAUCUCCCAGAGAGGAUUUGCCGCGUGCUUUGCUCCUUGGCGCUGGUCUUCGUGCUGUCGUUUCUCGUCUCGUCCCUCUUCUUCCUCCUCCUAUCAGCAACGCUAUCUCCGCUACUGACAUCCCUGCUUCGCUAUGGCGCUCCCUCGGAGCCAGCUGAUGCGGGAGGGAGAAUUGCGUUCAUGUUCCUGACGCGUGGACCGCUGCCAUUGGCCCCUCUGUGGGAGAAGUUUUUUCAAGGUCACGAGGGUCGCUACGCCGUGUACGUGCACGCCUCGCAGCCCAAUUUCACAUUCCCCUCCAACUUCUCGCCAGUUUUUGUUGACCGGCAAAUACCAGGCGGCAAGGUGGAGUGGGGUCGAAUGUCCGUCGUGGCUGCCGAGCGACGCCUGUUGGCUUACGCAGUCACGGACAAGCGAAACGAGUACUUCGUCCUUGUCUCGGAAUCGUGCAUUCCGCUGUGGUCGUUCGACUACAUCCACGAUUACAUCUCCAGCACGCACAUCAGCUUCGUCGAGGCGCACACGGACCCGUUUGACGAGGCGUUUGGGCGGUACCUGCCAGACAUCCACAUGCCGGCCAUCCGGCGCAAGGACUUCCUCAAGGGCAGCCAGUGGUUCGUCAUGCAGCGCAGGCAUGCGGAGCUCGUGGUGCAGGACACGGAGCACUACCUCGUGCACUCCAAGUCCUGCCAGUGGAGGGCGCAGCACUCCAAGUACUGCUGCUCCGACGAGCACUACCUUCAAAUCCUCCUCGCUCUAAAGGACCCAGCGGGAAUCUCGCGCUUCCCCGUGACCCUGGCGGACUGGAGCCAGUGGCGGUUCCACCCCGAGACCUACUACUCGUACAACAUGAGUGAAGCGCUCUUCAAAACCAUCAAGUCCACAAAGCACUACAUCCAGUAUCGUUACUACUGGAAGAAGUUUAGAAAUAGAUACUCCUAUAUUGAAAACCCUAAGAAACCCCAACCUGCUCCAACGGUUGAGAAUGGAUUUUGUGUCGUGGAGGGCACUGUGCGAAACUGCUUCCUCAUGGUGGACGCGGAGCGGCGGCUGCUGGCAGCGGCACUGGAGGACCCCGAUAACCAGCACUUCGCGCUGCUCUCCGAAAGUUGCAUCCCACUGUGGCCGUUCGACUUCGUUCAUCAAUACGUCGCCUCCACCUCCGUCAGCUUCGUCGAUGCCUACCCCGACCCGUACAACGCGACCUUCCGGCGCUACAUCCCGCACAUCUUCAAGCCGCUGGUGGGCGCGCAGGACUACCGCAAGGGCAACCAGUGGCUCGUGCUGCAGCGCCGCCACGCGCAGCUGGUGGUGCAGGACACGCAGCACUACGCCGUGCACAACAGGAGCUGUGCGUUUCGGUUUCAAUGGGGGAAGGUGUGCUGCGCCGAUGAGCACUACAUCCAAACCAUGCUGCAUAUGCAAGACCCCAAAGGCAUAUCCCGCUACCCGACAACCUUUGCUGACUGGAGUGCGAACGAAUGGCACCCGAGGUUUUACCAUGGGAGCAACACCACACAGGAUGUGAUACGAAUGAUCAAGUCUGCUACACAGUUUGUCACAUUCCGGUCCUUCUGGCAAGACUUCUCAAGCAACUACUCACAUGCCACCAGCGAAGCUGAUGCUGACGCCAGCGCGGCUGCGGUUGCAGCCAAAGAGAAGCUGCCACGUCAGCCCCUUCCGCCUGUCAUCCAACCCCCACCGCCCCAAUCCGGCGCAAUGGUGCUCGAGGUUCCAGGGGCCGGGUUCUGGCUGCGCUUCUCCUACUUGACGCAGCGAGGGUAUUAUCCAGAAGCCCCUGGGAAAGCGAAUCAGGACAGCUUCUGUGUGGUUCCCCAAUUCGGAGGUCUCCCCUCGGACCACCUCUUCGGCGUGUUCGACGGGCACGGGGAGCAAGGCACGCCGUGCUCGCAGUUUUCCCGGGACGUGCUUGCGCGGAACCUUCUGAACCACCCUGCGUUGGACUCGGACGUUCCGCGGGCGUUCAGGGACGCGUUCGUGACGACCAACAUGGAGCUGCACCGCUCGCCCGUCGACGACACCAUGAGCGGCAGCACGGGCAUCGCCGUGCUGCUGCGCGAUCGCAUGCUGUACGCCGCUAACGUGGGGGACUCGCGCGCGGUGCUGGCGGAAUGGCACAUGGACGAGGCCGCGGGUAGACGGGACGGGGAGGGCGGCGAGGGAGCUGGCGGAGGGGAAGGGCGGGUUGGGGGAGAGGGGGGAGGCGCAGCAGAAGGAACGAGAAAAAGCGGUGAGGAUGGGGCUGUGGUAGCAGAAGGGGAAGGGGGAGAAGGGGGAGGUGGAGAAGCGGGGAAAGAGAAGGAGAAGAAGCAGGGGUACUCAGCGGGGGGGGCUACUCUGCGCGCAGUGGACCUCUCGAGCGACCAAACCCCCUUCAGAGCGGACGAGUGCGCGCGCGUGCGCGCAUGUGGCGCGCGCGUGCUAACCCUAGACCAGCUGGAAGGGCUCAAGGACCCCGACGUGCAGUGCUGGGGGGGGGAGGACGACGAUGACGGGGAUCCCCCGCGGCUGUGGGUGGCAAAUGGCAUGUAUCCCGGGACAGCGUUCACGCGGAGUCUGGGGGACUCGGUGGCGGAGAGGAUUGGCGUGUGCGCGGAGCCUGAGGUGCUCACUGUGGCGCUGUCUGAGCGGCACCCGUUCUUUGUGAUUGCGAGCGAUGGCGUGUUCGAGUUCCUGAGCAGUCAAGAUGUGGUUAACAUGGUGGCGCGGCACAACGACCCGUUUGCGGCGUGUGAGGAGAUCGUGGCGGAGUCGUACCGGCUGUGGCUGCAGUAUGAGACGCGCACAGACGACAUCACCAUCAUCAUCGUUCACAUCGACACUGAGAUGCCCGACAGCACACUGGAGGCAGUGCAGCAGGGGGCAGCCCGCACCACAUCAACAGGCGUGCCGCUACCUCCCCCCACGCCACCACUCGUUCUCCCAACGUCCACAGCGUUACGUUCCAUGCUGGCGGAUCUGGGUGCCUUCCAGCGUCGCAUCAUUGAGGGCACCGACUUUGAUCGGCUCCCUGCUGAAGAUGACUGGUCCCCACCCGCUGAUGUUGCAGCCACCGCUGCACCUGUGGAGCACCAGCUGGAGCAUGCGCUGCGAGGGAACUUUCUGUUCCACAGCCUGUCGCACGAGCAGCAGGACUUCAUGCUGCAGUGCUUCCAGAAGAUGGAAGUGGGGCCGGGGGACGUUGUUAUCCAGCAGGGCGAUGUGGGAGACAAGUUCUUCAUCUGCCACCACGGGGACUUUGAUGUGCUUGUUGCCACAGACCAGGUGGAGGACGACCCUCUUGGGGUGGUGGUUCAUCGCUACAUUGCCAACGACAAGCACAUGCCUAGUUUUGGCGAUCUCGCACUUAUGUACGGGACAAGAAGGGAAGCGUCCGUGCGGGCGGCAUCGCGCGGAGUGUUGUGGUUCCUGCAGCGGGCGCUGUUCCAGAAGGUGCAGACGCUGGGGCUCGUGGCAGGCUCCGCGGAGAUGGGCCCUCCGCCCCGCCUGCUGCGCCUCCUGCGCUCCCUGCCCUUCCUCUCCCCCCUCUCCUUUGGCCAGCUGCAGCGGCUGGCGCUCUUCUUGCUCACGCUUGAGCUGAACGAUGGGGAUGGGCUGGAGAUGGAAGGCGGCACGGUAUAUGUGGUGCAGGAGGGGAGGUUGCUGCUGACAGGUGAUGCGGAUGGGGGAGAUGGGGAGGAUGGGGAUGGGGGAAAAGGGGAAGGAGCAGGGAGGGAGGGGAAGGGGGAGGGAGAGGGCGAAGGGGGGAAGAGUGAUGGUGAUGCGGAAUCGGGUUUGCAGUAUUUUAACGAGGCGUGUUUGUUGGAUGGGGAUGAUGACGGUACUAGGCCUGCGAAUCCAGACACACAGGCAGCUGCAGGUGUGGAAGGCAGGGAGUGCUGGGCGAUCGACAGAGACAAGUUUGAAGCAGCUGUGGGGCCGCUGAGCGAUGCGGUGCGGGUGGAUGCAGAGUGGUGCCGGUUCCAGGAGGCCCUGGCGGCAAAGAGGCAGGGGGACGAGAUGCGGCAGAUCCUGGAGGGGAUUGUGGCGGCUGAAGUGGAGUGGCAGGACGUGCUAGCAGCCAACGAGUGGAGUGAGGUGGUGCAGCUGCGAGUGCAGAACGUGGGGAGGGUGUUUGCCAUGCGCCGCUUUGGCAAGACACGCAUGGGACUGCACGGGCGAGCCAAGCAGGUCCAUCGGGAGCGCAAUCUCUUCGAAACCCUCUCGGCCAAUCCGUUUGUGCCACCUGUCAUCACACCAUACACCGACCAUGCCUCUGUGGGCCUGCUGCUGGACUGCCAGCUCAGCACACCGCUGGCUCUAGUUAUGGGCGGCAGGGAGGGAGCGGGCGGGCAGGCAGGGCCCGACGUCUUCCCACCACUGCCGGAAGAUGCUGCUCGGUUUGUGGCGGCCAGUCUCGUCAUCGCAAUGGAGCUCAUGCACCGGGACGGGGUGGUGUUUCGAGGUGUGUCGCCCUCCACCCUCUUCCUCGACUCUCGUGCCCAACUGCAGCUCCCCGAUCUGCGCUUUGCCAAGCGGCUGGAGGACGGGCGCACGUUCACCAUGUGUGGGUCGCCUGACUUCGUGGCACCGGAGGUCAUUGCGGGCCGCGGCCAUGGCGUGCCCGCUGACUGGUGGUCCCUGGGAGUGCUCAUAUUCGCUCUGCUGCACGGGGAGGGUCCCUUUGGCUCGUGGAGGGACAGCGAGCUGACAGUGUACACACGCAUCGCCCGCCACGCACUCUUCCUGCCCGACCACCUUCCCCCCGCCGCCUCCGCUCUCAUUCACCAGCUGCUCUCCCCCCGCCCUGAAGACAGGCUCGGGUGCGGCCCUGGCGGUGCUGGGGCUAUCAAGGCCCACCCCUGGUUUGCUGGCGUGCCGUGGGAACAGGUGGCGGCGCUGGAUUGGCCGGCGCCGGAGGAGCUGAUGCAGUGCCUCGUUUAA